CUGGAUCUUCCUUGAGAUGAGAAAGUUAUGAUACAUGCAGAGAUAUUUGAACCUGCUCGUUUACUUGAUCGUCCUGGUGUCCUCGAAAUACUGUCUUGUCCGAACUGAUCAAGAUCAGGAUUUUUGUCCUGUUCCCGAGACUGCAAUGUUACGUUCUCAAUUCAUUCUUUUUGGUGACAGCUUGACACAGAAGUCAUUCGACGAGGGAGGAUGGGGAGGUCGCCUGGCGAACGAGUACCAACGAAAGGUGGACAUCUUCAGCAGGGGUUACAGUGGAUAUAAUACGAGAUGGGCAAAGUACAUAGCACCCUUGAUAUUCCCUGGAUCUCAGAAGGUGCCGCCACAGCUGGUGACGGUGUUUUUUGGGGCUAACGACGCUGCCCUCCCUGACCGUCUCAGUGCAAGGCAGCACGUCCCGGUGGAGGAGUACAGGAGUAAUCUUCAGUCUUUGAUUGAGCGCAUCCAGAAGAUCGGCACAAAGAACAUUCUGCUCAUCACCCCGCCACCCCUCGAUGAGGCUGCCCGCAUCCGCCACAACCAGCAGCAGAACAAUGAGGUGAGCGAGGCGACCAGCAUCGCUGAGCGGACAAACAGCAUCACUGGCCAGUAUGCUGCAGCAGCAAAGCAGCUGGCAGGAGACCUGGGCCUGCCAGUGCUAGACCUGUGGACAGCGAUUCAGAAGCAUGAGUCAUGGCAGUCUAGAUACCUGGAGGACGGCUUGCAUUUCACACCCGCUGGCAACAAAGCCGUGUUUGACCUUUUGCUGGAGACCUUGAGAGGAGCCUUCCCACACCUCAGGGCAGAGAAUCUUCCUGACGACUUCCCAUCACACAAAGAUAUUGACGAGGAUGACCCUGAAAAGGCUUUUAUCAGCUAUGCAUAGAUGGGACUGAUGUGGCAUUAUUGUAAUGAAUUCAUGAC